UUCACUUGUCAAUGUCAAAUUUCAAAAGCAGCAACUCCGCAAGCAAUUUUUAUUAAAUUUGAUUUCGAAAGAAGUAUUUUUAUAGUAAACUUGGGUACUUACAACGACAAAUUACAAUAAUCUACGUAAUAGUUUCUGCACUAUCUGGAAAUCAAAGUGAGGCUAAACGACUUCUAUCAACGAUCAUGGCUUUCCAGUCACCCAUGCCAAGCCGAGAGUUUCUAUGGGAUAUAUUCCGAAGAGUGGACAAGGACCGUAGUGGCUACAUUUCAGCGGAUGAAUUGCAACAAGCACUAUCAAAUGGUACAUGGAACCCAUUUAACCCAGAAACUGUGCGUCUAAUGAUAGGAAUGUUUGACAAGCAAAGCCGAGGUGUGAUCAACUUUGAGGACUUUGGAGCACUAUGGAAGUAUGUCACGGACUGGCAGAAUUGUUUCAGAUCUUUUGAUCGGGACAGCUCUGGAAAUAUUGAUAAGGCUGAGCUUAAGAAUGCACUGACUGCGUUUGGAUACCGGCUAAGCGACAGUGUUGUGAAUAUGAUGGUCAACAAAUUUGAUCGGUUUGGACAAGGGACCAUUCUCUUUGAUGACUUCAUCCAGUGUUGUGUCACUUUGUAUACCUUAACUUCAGCAUUCCGGCAAUAUGACACAGACCAAGAUGGUGUGAUUACCAUUCAUUAUGAGCAAUUCCUUACUAUGGUGUUUGGACUUAAGGUAUAAACUCUGCACUUUUUUCAGUACCUACAUCUAUUUGUUUUAAUUAUUUACAAAAUGUAUUUUAGAAUAAUUUUAUUAUGGCACUUGGUGGAUACCUAAUACCUAUAGGUAAUUAUGCUUUGUCUGAAAAGUUGCCUUUUUAAAAUCUCUUUUCUAUGUUGUGCCAAAAAAAGACCUGCAUGUGAAAAACUUUUGAGUGCAACAUACCUAGCAUUAAUUUAAUGAUAAAUAUUUACCAUAAUUCUCCUGGAGUUGCAGAAAGGAUCAUUAAGCUAAUGUCUACAUUAAAUCUAUGUAUAUCUCUUCCUGUCCACUGCCUAAUGAAGGCAGCUAAACAUUUAAGGUCAACAUUAGCUUAAAGUCCCUUUCUGCAAUUCAGCAUCAGUCAAACUCUUCACAAAAAAUACUGAAAAUAAAAUUUUCAUGUUGUUAAAAGAUGUCCAUAUUAUUUUUUAUAAAUGUUUAACUGUAGUUUUACCUAUUGUAGAUAAGUGCUUAGUUAACAUGUAAAGCACAACUUUAUAAUUACAUUAUUUAGUUCUAAGAGUAAUGCUAUUGAGCUUAGAAUUUCUGAUAUUUUUAUCAAAUUCUGAAUAAAAUAAGCAGGAAUAACUGAAACUUUACCUUUUCACUUUUGUAACCAUUAUAUUAGAAUUAUAGUCAUUGGGUAUGCAUGUGGAUGUUAAAACGUAUUAUUCUAAAUUAUUUGUUUUGACUUGUUAUAUUUUUCUGUUUGUACAGUGUUGGCCAUGAAUAGUCGGAAGAAAGAUCCAGAUAAGCAAAUGCUAUACCAUUGGUUUAAAUAGCUUAAUUUUAAUAUGUUAAUAUUCAGGAAUACAGAUUUUAGUUACAACUGUUACAAAUAUCUUGAUGUUUUAUAUUUUUUCAUAAAUAUUAAUUGUUGCUGUGAAUUUAU